GAUCUGCCUGCUGGAUUCUGCAGCAUUGCACAAGGAAAUGUUUAAAAGUUUAUUUAAAGGUCCUGAUUUCAGCAAUUCCAUAUUUUGUUGCAAAUACUAUUUUAUGGUAUCAGCAGAUUGUACGGAGGAGGGAAAAUCCCUGUGGAAAGUGAAUUGAAAUAUAAUUGCUUGAUAAAUUGGCAGGAAGGAGUAAAUAAUUAAGGAGAGUUUAACAUCAGCAUAUUGCUUUCAGGUUUGAGCAAAAGCUUUCUUAAUAAGCAGAGUUUGCCUUGCUUUUGUUCUCUGAUCUUUCCCUGGUCACUCACGUCCAUUGUACUCAGAGCUGCUUGUCCAGCUGGGACGCACGGAGCUGCUGUGGCAGCACGCUCGGUCACCGAGCCUAUUGUGAAAAACAGGCAGCUUGCAAAGCGAGUGAUCUUCUGCCAUGUAACAUGUCAUGGAAAGCUGAAGUACGGGUCAGGAAAGAGAAGAGCUAAACAAAAGGGGAAAGAAAGGUCCGGAGAAGCAUAGACUGAGGAGCCCAGCUGCAGCACCUGGACAGACACCGGAAUAAACACUUGAACAAUCACUUUGUGAGCACCUGGGGGACAACAAGGCAUCACGAAGCAGUCAGGAGGGCUCCUGGCUUGCCAGGAAUAAAGUGCCUCAAACCAACCACAGACCUUAUCUCACUGGGUAAGUUGCCAAGAGAGACGCUGCGGUUGUGCCAUAUCAUGAGCUCGAUAAGGCUUUCACCAGUGAUCCGUGAAGUACCCUGAUAUGUCAAGGGCCUUAAUAUAAGAACAAAAAUUGCUGCUUGGAGAAGUUAUCAGCGGCUUCUGGUCAAACUGGUGAGAUGUUUCAAGCAGAGCCGCACAAGUCUUUCCUGCAGAGAUUUAUGUACAAUUUGUGGUUGUGAUGUUAAUGUUGGACUAGAGCUAUCAAACUGUGGGUGAAGACCACACUGAGAGGGAACACAAGCACUUCUACUAAAGGUUAAAAACUAAGGAAACCCAUUAGGAAUCAAAGUACUGAAACUGAAUAAACACAAUUGCAAAACACUCAAGGAGCUUUAUCACAGGCAUAAGCAGGGGAGGAGCAGACAGGCGGUCAUCCCGUGAAAAGGGCUGACGCAUUCCUGUGGAAACCCAAUAUGCUGAUGCCAGGAAAAGGGAGAAGGGAACAAAAAAAAAAGAGGGACAAUGCCUUUGGGGGACUUAUUUUUAUCCUAGCACAGUGAAUGUAGCACCUGGGGUAAUUCUUCUCUCUGUUCUUCUGAAGUCAGCAUCAGUGAGGCUUUGUGUUUGAAUGUGUUGCACCAACAAGAAUGUUAUCAGGAAAACUGCAAGUCAAGUGGAAUGUACAGCCUAUAAUAAAAAAUGAAUUAGACUUACUUUUUUUUCAGAAAAGAGAAAAAAUGACAGUCUUAAUUUUAUAAUAAGCAAAAGUAAAGGAGGGCAAUGACCCACAUCCUUCCCUUCGCCUAGAGUGUAGGGAAAGUAGUGUUGAGUUUGGCAACAGGUCUGUGUCGGUUAUUUCAAAAAUAUUCUAAGGGCAGUGAAGCAAUGCAACGUUCACUGAAUGUUUUAAGGAACAAACAAGACCUGUAUUUAAAAUGUAUGUAUGCCAUGCUGCUGUAGAUCUGGGGAAUGCACGAGGUGAAGGAAGGAACUUUUUCAGGCCAUCAGACUCCACAGUCAGCAAAUAGGAAAGACAAUAAAUUGCAGACAAGUAAGCAAGAGCUUCUUUGUUAGGAUCUUGUGCACUGUUUCUGCUACCAAUCUUGAGAAGAGUAUUUAAAUGUGCUUUUUUAUGAUAAAUAGCACACCUGACGUGUCAAGUUUUCUCCCUCAUCCCCUGGCUAAGCUGCUGGUGGUGUGGGCUGACCCCUCCACGGCUCAGGCACAGGUCUGCCUAGAGCCUGGGGCUGCAGUGAUGGACUUCCAUGGACACCAGGCAGAGUGAGCAACCAACACAGCAACAGCUGAAACAGCAGGAAAACACUGCCAAAGGCAACUCCCCAUGGGCCAGAGCCGUGAGCCAUGUGGGCGUGCAGGUUCCUUUGGUGGCUGACUCUCAAUGCUGGAUUUGGAUGGAUCUGGGCUACAUGUCCACAUCUUCUCUCUGAGAGACAUAAUGGGAAAUGCCACCACAACAAUGCAGAUAUGAAAAGCUGUUUGUUCUGCUUUGCUGCCUGUUGAAAAACUGGGCUGGGAUUUCCCAGCUAAGAACCUGUUCCCCUGUCUGAGCUUUUUUGUGGUUGCACACGCAGAACCACACCCCAAAAUAUUAGGCUCAUCUUAGGAUUUUUCUUCCUGGUAGAAACAAGUUCAUGUUUAUACAGGUCAGAAAGGGCAACACUGGCCCUUCCUUCAGCUGGAGAUGUCAGAUGAACGUGAGAAAUGCCUUGUGGGUCAGACCGGUGGCCUGCCACCCCACAGGUCUGCCUCCAGCAGCAGUAGCAGAAGAUGCUGCCUGGGGAAGGCAUGCACGUCCACUCUGUACGAUGCUGCUGAAUCCAUCCAGUCAUUUUGGGAAAGUGUCAGUGCUGUCAGCCCAGAAGUCCACCUUCUACUGCAGAAAGAAAUGUUGCCUUUGGCCUGUUUUAAACUGGUCUCUUCCUGGUUUCACUGAGUGCCCCUUAGGUUUUAUGCUGCAGGAUGUGGUGACCAACAUUUUUGCUUUCCAGCGUCUUGCAUCCCCUAGCCUCUUUCAUCACCCCUCAUGACGGGGCUGUACCAUUCCCCCGUUCAUUUUACUCAGCUUCCUCCUAGUCUACAUCCUUGCUGAGAGGCAGAAACCCUCAAUGUGGGCUUCCAACAAGUUGUUUUUGAGCAGCCUCCAGGAUGUUUACAGGCUUCUCUGUUUUGGGGCUGUUCCUUUUUGGUAGGCACAGUUGCUUUUAGUGUUUGCCUCAGUUUUCUUAAUUGUCUUCCUUGAAACUCUCAUACUGAGGGCACAUGGCCUGCAUUUUCCACUUCAUCUCUUUCUGAUUUAUUGCCACCACAAAUUCUGUUUCUGUACCUCACCCUGACAAGGCAUUGGUCUAGCCUACAUGUAGGCUCCUGCUCUUACCACUGUCCUGUAUUUGAUGCUUCUCCAAUCUCACUGACCAGCAUUGUCUUCACAGAAAGACAAUAGUACAGUCCUACCAUGGCAUUUUUUUUUAGUAUUGUCUGGGCUUUCCACCCAUGGGAUUUUAGGGUGCCUCGCUUUUCCUGAAAUAUUUUUAUGGUGCUACACUUGUAUCCUUCACAUACGGCAUCCCUCCUCCACCACUACAUCUCAUUCCUGUAAGGCUGGCAGUGCUGUAUCCCAUGGAUUUUCUAGCAAGUCUCUGAGAUCCCAUCAAUCCAAAUCAGGUAUUCCUCUGCAUCUGCAAGCUGUCCCCAGCUUCUGGUUUAAAUGUCCCUCCAUGACCUUCCCAACCUCCAGAGCUGCAGCCUGGCUCCGUUACAGCUCAGGUGGAGCCCACCCCUCCUAGGCUGGUUCCUCUUGUCCCUGAAGCUCCCCAAGCUCCUCACAUGGCUCUCUAAGCCACCAUCUCAUCCCUGCACUGAGGAUCAUGCCCCCUGCCUACCUCUCCCACCUCACUGGUGCUCCAGGCCCUAUUUACGGCCCCCCUCAUUUCCCCUCAGGACCAGGGGCCUCCUGGCACCCAGAGCCUCCCACCUCCUGUCAUAGAUGGGGUGGCUGCCAUCCUCCUGCACAGCCUAAGCGGGCUUAAUUGCACUGGGAAGCUUGCAGCAGUCUAGUUUCUCCCCUGAAGGUGUAACUAGGAUCACUCACUUCUAAAUUAACCCUUAUUGAGCUAAUUAGCAAUAGAGGAGAAACUCUCAAGAGCAGGAACAAGCCUGGGUGCUGAGGGCGAAGCUGACCCGGGACUCUCCUGGGCCUUCACCCCUGCAAACUGCCCUGCUGCAGCCCUUGCUCCCAGCACCGUGCCUCCUGAAGAACAGCAAAGGUUUCUUGUUGCAAGGCAGGUGUGGAGAAAAUACCUCUGCUGCUGGUCCCAUUUCUGCCCUUUAAACCACCUGUUAUUUCAUUAUUUCCCUGCCUACUCAGCCAAGCCUCAGUUGAUUCAGCCAUAACUCAAUUUACCACCAUGUUGAAGAAGUUUAGUACAACCACCUGUUGUACCUAAAGGCCCACAAAGGUUGCUUUGUGUGCUCAAGAAGAACUUCCCCAUGAGCCUGAUGCUCGUGCUGCUGGGCCUUGCUGCCCUCCUGGGUGCCUGCCAGGGCCGCACGGAUUGCUACGGCAAUGUAAACAGAAUUGACACCACCGGGGCUUCAUGCAAAACUGCAAAACCAGAGGGCUUAAGCUACUGCGGAGUUCCAGCUUCAAAAACAAUUGCUGAACGAGACCUAAAAGCUAUGGAUAGAUACAAAACAAUCAUUAAGAAAGUUGGCGAAAAGCUGUGUGUUGAGCCCGCUGUGAUUGCUGGCAUCAUCUCUCGUGAAUCUCACGCUGGUAAAGUACUGAAGAACGGCUGGGGUGACCGUGGAAAUGGAUUUGGUUUAAUGCAGGUUGACAAAAGAAGCCAUAAACCCCAGGGAACGUGGAAUGGAGAAGUCCAUAUCACUCAGGGCACAACAAUACUUAUCGAUUUUAUAAAGAGAAUACAGAAGAAGUUCCCAAGCUGGACAAAGGAUCAGCAGCUGAAAGGUGGGAUUUCUGCCUACAAUGCCGGAGCUGGGAAUGUCCGAAGCUAUGCAAGGAUGGACAUUGGCACUACCCAUGAUGACUACGCCAACGAUGUGGUCGCUCGAGCCCAGUAUUACAAGCAGCAUGGAUACUAGGCUGGGGCACCUGCACCGAGUGACUUCCCUACCAUCGCCUUCCUGACACCCAGGAGGGAGGCCAAACACAAAGGAAGAAGAUGCAUCCAAGUCCAUACAGAUGCAAAUGUACAGGAAUGACUUACAUGAAACAAGAAUUUGUAGGCUAAAGCUCCCAUUUAUAGAAACAAUAUUCAGUGAGACGCUGGUAAUGUAGUUUCUUUAAAAGCAAUAUGGUUUGGAUUUUACAAAGGGAAUAUUAACAGACUCUUUUGUGCUAUCUACAUAUUUCUCUUAGUUUUGGGGCCUAUCUUGUAUUGCUUUGAGGCCUAUCUUGCAUUGCUAUUGAUAAUUUUCUGCCUUCCAGAUCUUAAAGUGCAUUUCUGCUCAAACCUGUUGUUCUCUUAAGAAAUCAAAAGGCAAAAUACUUCCUUGGGUAUCUGCUUAAUGAUUUAUUUUUUUCAGAGCUGCCUGAUACUUACUUCAUAUUGUGGAGUAGUCAUUUUUUUUCUGAACUCUAAUUUUUCAUAUAAAUGCAUAGAACAGAGAUGGAUUUUUCUGUCAGGUUUCAGUCAUACAGAAAUAAGCAAAUAGAAAAUGAAUAAAUGUGUUAUUAGCAAAUGAA